ACAAAAAUAGUGCAAAAACAAUAACUUAUUAAUUAAUUUUAUUUAUUUAAGUGUCUAUUAUAAUAUUAGUGCUUCAAAAUGUCAGAUAGGCCUCCUGAUCGUUGGUUGAAAUGUCCAAGGAAGGCUUUGGGUUUGAUUGCAGACAAAUUUUUAGCCUUUAAAACUCCUUUGGAUAGCAAAUUCGAUGUCCCUUUGGUGGAUAAAUUUGAUCCUGAAAUGCUUUUUAAUAAUAUGAAAAGUUAUAAGGCUGAAAUAGGUCUCUGGAUCGACCUAACCAACACAAGUCGUUUCUACGACAAGAAGAUAAUCAAACAAUUCAAUUGCAAAUACAAGAAAAUCCAAUGCAGAGGCCACGGAGAGACUCCAUCCCGAGAUCAAGUGCAAAAUUUCAUUGAAGUUGCCAGAAAGUUUAUAGAGCAGAAUCCUUUGAAACUUAUAGGUGUUCAUUGCACUCAUGGAUUUAAUAGGACUGGUUUUAUGAUAGUCUCUUUUUUGGUGGAAGUGUAUGAUAUGGAAGUUGGGGCUGCUAUGAAGCAAUUUGCAAGUGUUAGGCCGCCUGGGAUUUAUAAGAAGGAUUAUAUUGAUGAGUUGUUUAAGAUACACGAUGAUGUCGAGUAUGCUCCGCCGGCGCCUCAACUUCCAGAUUGGUGCAUAGAAUACGAUGAUGGUGAUAAGGAUGACUAUGCAGGAAAUGAGAGUGACAAUCCUGAUGAUGGAAAUAAUGAUUCCGGGGAUCCUUCUUCAACGUCUGGUAAAAAAAAGAAAAGACGAAAGGAAAAGUAUAAUCAGAACGCGACAUUUAUGGAAGGUGUUCCUGGUGUUUAUCUCAUACGAGAUGAAAAUGAAGCAGCUGUAUUACAACAGAAAGUACAGGCUUUGUGUAAUUGGCAGAAUAAAGGUUUUCCAGGGUCGCAACCCGUUUCAAUGGACAACGAAAAUAUAAAAAAAUUGGAAAUCAAACCUUAUCGGGUAUCGUGGAAAGCCGACGGUACCAGGUACAUGAUGCUGAUUGACAAACUGAACGAAAUAUAUUUCUUUGACAGAGAUAAUUCGGUUUUUAAAGUUGAGUCAAUGUACUUUCCACACAAAAUGAAUAUACAUACACAUUUAGUCGAUACGUUACUUGAUGGGGAAAUGGUUAUGGACAAAGUUGAAGGCCAAAAUAUACCACGGUAUUUGGUUUAUGAUAUUAUUUGUCUCAAUGGACGAGAUGUGUCACAGGAACCUUUUUAUCCAAACCGACUGAAGUAUGUUGAGGCUGAAAUUGUUGCACCCAGACAUAGGGCAAUGAAAGAAGGUAAAAUCGAACGCAUCAAAGAACCGUUUAGUAUCAGAAAUAAAAGUUUUUGGGACGUCACUCAGGCUGAAAAUUUAUUGGGACCUAAAUUUGCAAAAAGUUUGUCUCAUGAGCCUGAUGGACUGAUAUUUCAACCUUCGUUGGAUCCUUAUGUACCUGGAGCGUGCAGUGAAGUACUAAAAUGGAAACCAUUGAGCAUGAAUUCUAUAGAUUUUAAAUUAAAAAUUAACACUCUAGGAGGGUUAGGAAUUCUGCCAAAGAAAACAGGAUUUUUAUAUGUUGGUCAGUGCGACCAGCCGUUUGCAACAAUGGAUUACACGAAGCAACUAAAAGAACUAGAUGGCAAAAUUAUCGAAUGCAAACUUGAAAACAACAAAUGGGUAUUUAUGAGAGAACGGACGGACAAAUCGUUUCCCAACAGUUACUCAACAGCCGAAGCUGUUUGGCACAGUAUUAAAAAUCCUGUGACGACUGAAAAAUUGUUAAGGUUUAUCCAGAAUCACAGAUUUAGAAACGAUCAUGAUCUGAUGCCGCCUCCUGAUAAGAAGAUGAGGAGGAAUUGAUGAUUUGUUUAGGUCUAGAAUUCAUAUAAUAGAAUUAAAUAAAU